UCAUGUUUGAGAGAAUUCGCCAAAGUGAGUUCUUGCUUUCGCUCCUCUGUUCUGGAGUGGUAUUAAGUAUUAACUACAAACUACAAAGGGAAAACAAGCUAUUGCCAUGGAUGAGUAGUUGGGCGUGUGUGAAUCGAGGACUUUAACUGCUAGCUUUUUGUAUGUACUUUCUGCCUUCUCUCAUGGCGGUUUUCAAAACGCGUUCGCGGUUCGUACAGUUUCUACUCUGCAACGGAUCUCCAAAGACCCUUUACGUGGAGCUAAACAUCGACACCUGAGAGCCCUCUUUCAAGGAAGAGAGGUACGUCAAAGUCUCCACUCUCCACUGAUUUUAUAUUAUAAUUAGUGGGGGAAGAAAGAGUGAUCCCCUGGAUACUCAAGAAAUCUGUUGGAAAACCUACACAAUCCUCCAUUUUUUAGCUUCUUGUGGUUUCCUUUUUCACUCUGUGUUGUGAUAUUCCUUAGAAUGGAGAUUCUUUAUUUUCUGGAGAUAGGAGGUAAAAGAAUCUCCUUUCAUAAUUUCAUUAGGUGGGUUCAGUUCUUCAUUUACCAGAGAAUAGAGGGGUAAUUUGGGUUUCUACGUUUGAAAUUUCAGAUGGGUUUCAGGGUAUUUAGCCAUGGAUUUAUGAUGUAAUUUGUUCCUCAGGUUCAAAUAAAAUACAAGAAAAAAAAAUGAGAGAAUUGAUGAUGAUCAUCCGCUUCCUUUUCCUCUUCCUUUGUUUUCUUCAUCUUCUACCACAAUCUUUAGGGAAAGAGGAUGACUGCAAGCCUUGGAAGUGUCAAGAGCAUGGACCUAUUAUCGAAUUCCCAUUCAGAUUAAAGGACCAACAGCCUGAGUACUGUGGAUACCCAGGGUUUGAGCUGACUUGCAAGGAUAGGGACACCAUCCUACAACUUCCAUCUGUUGGAGAGUUGUCUGUUUUGGACAUCUCAUAUUCAAAACAGAGCAUAAAAGUUCAGGAAAAUUGCCUUGCAGAAUUCAUCCUUGGGUUUGAUGGUAGUAAUAGCUUAUCAUCCACAUCUUCUUCUCCAUUCCAUUACUUCUGUAACACGAGGAAUUACAAGUUCUUUGACUGCCCAACUGACAUUACCUCGGAUAACUACGGGUUCUACCAAGUGCCCUGUUUAAGUUACAAGUCACAUACAGUUGGCUUCAUGGGAUUGUCUUCUGACCUGGCAUCGUCCCCAAAGUCUUGCACCAUCAUGGCAACUGUUGCAGUUCCAAUUGUGCCAUAUGACGAUAAUUAUGGAUGCACUGAUGUACCAAGCAGCUUCGAUUAUCCCAACUACCUCAAAGAUUAUUCCACGGGUUUGAGUUUGAAAUGGGAAGUACCUGGAUGUAACUGCAGCAAAGUAGGAGAGAAUUGCAGAUUCAAGAACAAAACCACUCAGGAGCUGGGAUGUUUCAAAGCUCCUCCACCUUGGUCCCCUAACGAUUUUGGCUUCGCACGGUCAGGUUCCAGAGGUGGAUUGAAAAAAGAUGUUGCCAUAGGAGUAAGCAUAGCCAUGUUGGUUCUAAUAGCAGCAACACUAGUUGUUUCUAUUAAGAUAUAUAAGUCGCGGAAAUUGGCAAAUGAGAAAGCAAGAGAAGAUCAACUCAAGGUUGAGAAAUUCCUGGAGGAAUACAAGUCUCUCAAGCCCACCAGAUACUCUUAUUCUGAGAUUAAGAAGAUGACUAAACAAUUUAAAUGCAAACUAGGACAAGGAGGCUAUGGCAGUGUGUUCAAAGGAAAGCUCUCAAAUGGAAUUCUUGUUGCUGUAAAGAUCCUCAAAGAACUAGCUAGUGAUGGAGAUGAUUUUAUCAAUGAAGUGGGUACCAUCGGUAGGAUUCACCAUGUCAAUGUGGUUCGUCUUCUUGGGUACUGCGCAGAUGGAUACAAGAGAGCAUUGAUUUAUGAAUUCAUGCCCAAUGAAUCACUAGCAAAACUCAUAUUCUCAGAAGAUGCUAACCACCCUUUGCAAAACUGGGAGAAGCUUCAGGAUAUUGCAAUAGGUAUAGCCAGAGGAAUUGAAUACCUUCAUCAAGGUUGUGAGCAGAGUAUCCUCCACUUCGAUAUCAAGCCUCACAAUAUUCUACUGGACAGAAAUUUUAAUCCCAAAAUUUCUGAUUUUGGGCUGGCAAAGUUAUGUGCCAAAGGUCAAAGUAAUGUACCAAUGACAGCUGCUAGGGGAACAAUGGGUUAUAUUGCCCCAGAAGUCUUCUCCUGGAACUUUGGUAAUGUUUCCCAUAAAUCAGAUGUUUACAGUUUUGGGAUGCUGUUGCUUGAAAUGGUGGGAGGAAGGAAGAAUAUAGAUGCCUCAGUGGAGCACUCCAGCCAAGCAUACUUCCCUGAAUGGAUUUAUAAUCGCCUACAUCAAGGGGAAGAGCUGGGUUUGAGGAUAGUUGCAGAAGACGAUGCUGAAAUUGCAAGGAGAUUGGCCAUUGUUGCUACUUGGUGCAUACAGUGGUACCCAACAGGUCGCCCCUCAAUGAAAACGGUGCUUCGGAUGUUAGAAGGAGAAACUGGUAACUUGGAAAUGCCACCCAACCCCUUUGUGUCAACAGCUCCAGGAGAGGCUGAGGCAACAAUCUUGGAGGAAUCACAAGGCCCAAAUUUAGCAGUAAUCACUGAAUAGUUGUAAAGAUAAUAAGAGUAUGAUAAGCUUCAGGUUCAAGUGUAGCUUAUAAUGAUCAAUAAGGAAAAGCAUGCACAACCACUUUCUGGUAUUCUAGCUAAUGGGUGGGAUUUACGUUUGUUUCUAUCAAAAGUGGGAUUGCAAUUUUGCUACAAAUUGUAUAGUCUGCCGGUUAUAAAGAAAUUGAAAAUCCA